AUGGAUGCGUUCAAUUCGCUUCCCCCUGUGACACGCACACUGCUGCUGAGCGAAGCGGCUAUCACCGUGCCAUGCCUCUUGGCCAUGCUGGAGCCCUGGCGUGUGGCGCUGAUCUGGCCACUCGUGUUCAAAAAGUAUGAAGUGUACCGCAUUGUGACGAGCUAUUUCUACGGCGGUAGCGGCUUGCCGUUGGUCAUCAAUACCCUGGUCCUUUUCCGAACCUCGUUCGAUCUUGAGAAUCGGGGCCUGAUUGGCGAUACUGCCGACUAUUCGUGGGCGCUGCUCUUGAUGUGCAGCAUGAUUCUGGCCUUCAACCUCCCUCUGCAGAGCGCGAUUCACUUCCGCCCUAUGCUCUCUGCAAUUUCGUACGUCUGGGCCGUGCAAAUUCCCAAUGCCAAGGUGUCGCUGUUCGGCUUGGUGCGGUUGCAGGCCAAGUUCCUGCCGUAUGUGAACCUGCUCAUCGACCUGAUUCUGGGCGGUCCCAUGUACGCGCUUGUGUCUGCGACGGGCCUCGCUGCGGGUUAUAUUUGGUUCUACAUUACCGGCGUCCGGCGGCCUCCGCCCACGAGCCGCGACGGCCGUGCGCACCUCGACCGGUUCCUGACGAAGUACAUUGCGCCGCUCUUUGAGACGCCUCGUCGUGUGCGCCGUUUGAUUACCGGUGAUGGUGCCGUGCGCCAGCGCUCGUACGGUACGGCCUACUCCCCUAGCGUACCCCCCGCGUCGAGCUCCAAAGGGUACUGGUGGCCCUUUGGCCCCCGCGGCCAAACGGCUGGCGGCCACAGCACGGGCCUGCGUCCCCGCGCGCCUGCGCAGCCUGACCGCGACGCGAUCCGUGCGGCGACCGAAGCGCGUUUGCGGAAGAAUAGUUCUAGCUAG